UAAGAGGUUACUGAAAGAGAUCUACUAUCUAUUAUUUAAAUCAAUUAUUUAAAUUAUUUCAAAUAAAAUAGCUUAAGAUCUAUAAGAAAUUUAGGUACUAAGACAAAAGAAGAAUUUAGUGAAUGGCAGACUUGUUAGUAAUUCCCACACUCGAAAGCUGUAAAUAAAUAUUUGCAAACCAACUCGAAAAUUCCAAUUUCCGAAUGGGACUUUCUUCCGAGAACCCGAGUGAUUGCACUCGGCACGGGUCAAACCACUCACAUGGUGCAGCACCCAGCUGAAGUACCCGAAUCCAAUCGGUGGCUUCGUUCUGUUGCUGUGGCAUAAACUGCGACGACGACCGGCCCGCUUCAUUCAGUCUUUGGCGAGAUUUUAUCGUGUGCGGACGUAACUGCGGUCGAAUUGCGAACUUGAAAAUCCAAAACCGAAUCCGAGUAUCUUUUCUACCGAAUUGCGAAUUGAAAAAGCCGCGCACGUAACUAACGCGAGUUUAGAUGCAGUUUUUCAACGUGUGGCGCCACAACGAAAAGACAUUGCAAUUGUGAUUCGAUUGCGUUUACUUGAAAUCGUCGCUUGCCACAUGCUAAAAGUGUCAAUCAGGAAGCACAAGUUCAUCAACAUGAGUCCAAGCUGGAUGAGAACGGCGGCCUGGCUGCUGGGGCUCUACUGCCUCCUGUGCGUCGCCGCGAUGGCCCAGGGUGCCAGCAAUUCGGGAGCCACUGCAUCAGCUGCAUCCGCUGCAUCCGCUGCAUCUAUUGCAUCCACCAAGGAUGUGGCACACAUGGCACACAGGCCCAAGAGGCUGGACAGGCGAUCAGGAGCGGGUUCGAGUCCUCUGACGGCCAUCAAACAGCCCAAGCAACUGGCCAGAAGCGCUCACGGGCUCAACAAGAAGCUGCUCAGCCAGAUGGGCUUCAUGAAGGUGAAGGCGCCCAACAGCCACAACAGGAAGCGACUGGCGGUUGAGUCACGACGCCAUUCCUCGCGCGAUGAUUCACACAUGUUCAUCAUCAAAUUGCCGCCAAAUAUGCACUACUAUGCUGGACCCGGUGCGAAGAAUUCCGUUGCGGAUCAGCAGGACAAGUCUGGUGGCCAUGGCGGCCAUGGUGCCCACAAAGGUAACGCACCCAGCAAGAUGACACUGGCGACAGCCACAACUAGCGCAGCAGCAGCAGCCGCAUCAACAGCAGCAGCCGCAUCAACCGCAGCAGCAGCAUCAGUUGCAGUUGCAACAUCGCCAGUUGCCGAGGCGUCGGCGUUGAAAGCUAACGGGAAAAAGGUCUCGUUUCCCUUCAGCUCGAAUGGCCGGCCGGGUCGCAUCUACCACUGGAAUCUGCCCGUCCUGAAGGAGGCGCUGGCCAAGAAGCCACACUUCGCCCACGUCUCGGCGGCGGAUCGCAAUAGGCUGCUGGACAUCCAGAGUGUGCCCACCUGGCGCCAGCCCUGGGAGAACGAGACCGCCGAGAAGGGUUUCAGUGCGGGCGGCGGCAAGGCCAAGUACCGCAAAUCUCUGAAGCCCAAGUCACCCACAUAUUAUGCACCUGCACAGGCGGUCAGCAAGCAGAGCUUCCACAAGUACUUUGCGGGCAAUGGCAAGCCCAAGGGAUUCUAUGUCAUCAAGGAGCACCAGAAGAAGCCGCAGUACUACCAGAACAUCAUCUCGUAAUCCAGCGGCCAUGGUGCACCUGGUUGCAUCCUCGAAAGACUGCGGUGACGGGCGUUCUGUUUUCAAUCUUCUAAAGCGGGGAGAUCCACUCCUCUUCCGUCCAGUUUCCAUUUGGAUUCCUUUCCUGGCGACAUCUAUGGCAUCCUGAGCAACUGUUUAACAAGUGCGAUGGGUGCGUUCUAUUUUUAUACAACGGCAAUGAAUACAAUAACAGAUGGGCUGGUCCAAGGUGGGUGCACCUCAUCUCAAUCUAUGGUCAGCCAUGUCAGCACAAAGAGGUCAAUACGCUGUCCUUUUAGAGAUUUUAAUGCUGCCAAAAUGAUUAUGGUAAAAACAGAACAGACUGAGUUGGGAUUUGAGUAGAUCACAGCAGCGUUGAAACUAAUCGGAUUAUAUACUUGUACAUUGAAAUUUUAAUUGAAAUUUUACACUUAAAUUUUAUACUUAAAUUUUAAUCAGCUUUGUGGCAGAUUUCAUGGGUUAUUUUACGUUUAGCAGUCUGAAAUACUCGAAUAUAACUUUUUGUGGACUUCACAUUGACCUUCAUACAUAUCGUUUCCAUCUGAAAUCCUUGAGGCCGAACCCUAUGAAGGACACCCAGCCGAAGGACCAGCCCAAACUGCAUUUAGCUAAGCAACUGCGGCAAGCAAUAAAUUAUGGCAUAAUCAAGCUAGGUUUAAGUGCAUGAACGAUUUUGUUUUGAUAAAUAAAUAUUGACUGAUUUUUAA